AAUGAAAAUUUUUGAUUCUUUAGCUCAACCUUGGUUUGGCCUUGAUAUUGGGGGAACCCUAACGAAAUUGAUAUACUUUGAACCUUUAGAACCCAGCGAUGCAGAAACUCCAACAGCGAAAACCCUCCGCCAUUAUCUAACAUCCCAGACUGCAUAUGGUAAAACUGGAAUAAGAGAUGAUCACCUUCAACUGGAUGGUGUUGAAAUAGAUGGACAUAUGGGAAACCUUCACUUUAUCCGAUUUCCAACAUCUCAAAUGAAUGCUUUUAUCGAGCUCGCAAAAUCCAAAAACUUUUCUUCAUUAGCAACUACCGUUUGCGCUACUGGAGGUGGAGCUUACAAAUUUGAAAUGGAUAUUUAUACCAAACUAUCAUUAGAACUUUUCAAGGUAGACGAACUAGCAUGUUUGAUGAGUGGCAUUCACUAUAUUGAACGAAUAAACUCCCAAUCAGAAUGCUACUAUUUUCAACAGCCUCUUGAUGAUGCUGUUAGAGAAGUUCCUUAUGACUUUACUGAUCCAUAUCCAUAUUUAACUGUAAAUAUUGGUUCUGGCGUCUCCAUACUUUUGGUUAGAUCGGAAACAGAAUAUUCCAGAAUAUCGGGUACAAGUUUAGGAGGUGGGACAUUUCUUGGCCUAUGUUGCCUCUUAACUGAUUGUGAAAGUUUUGAAGAGGCCAUAAGCUUGGCAGAAAAGGGGAGUAAUGACAAUGUAGAUAAAUUGGUAGGAGAUAUAUAUGGAGGCAGCUACGACAGAUUUUCUCUUCCAGCUCAUGCUGUAGCUUCUUCUUUUGGCCAUAUGAUGCAUGAGGAAAAGAGAGAAGCCGUUUCGAAAGCAGAUUUAGCUAGAACAACUCUAGCUACCAUUACAAAUAAUAUCGGUUCAAUAGCACUUUUAUGCGCUCAGGCUCAUAAAGUAGAAAGGGUUGUUUUCGUUGGAAACUUUCUUCGAGUAAAUUCUCUCUCUAUGAAAAUGUUGGCCUAUGCUAUGGACUUUUGGUCAAAGGGUCAAUUGAAAGCACUUUUCCUUCGGCAUGAGGUUAACUAA